AUGGCGGCAAUAAGGGAGCUGAGCGGCUAUCCCUUGGGAUUCCCAAGUGAGGGAAAAUUGCAGAUUUGGAAAUUUACUCCCGAUUCGGAGGGCUUACGUUUUGAUUUUAACUUCAAUCCGAUAUUGGACUUGAGUUCUCCGGCGAGCGCUUUUAGGUUCUUCUUCGACAGGCUUGGCGAGGUGGAUUCUGGGGUGGGCGAAGAAAUUGUGGGUCGUAUAGCGACGUUUGCUUUGGACCAAGUUGGCACAACAAAUUGGAUUUGUGGGUUGUUUUUAUUGGUCGUCCUAGAAACGGUUCCGAUGAGGAUAGAUGAUGGGAAAAAGUCCGAGAAUUGGUUUUACACAAAAGAGGUUAAUGAGAAAGGUGAAUGUUGCUCCAUCUGCUUGGAAGGGUUUAUGAAAGGGACAAUGGUCAUUCCAUUGUUGCCCUGUUUGCAUAGGUUUCACAAUGGCUGCAUUAUUCCAUGGCUACGCAACAACACAACAUGCCCCGUUUGCCGCUGCACAUGUACACUCAAAUCUUCAUAA